GAAGCCCAAGCAGUCAUACCAUCUCAAUCGACCUUGGUAGUACCUUCACACCCAUCAUCCGGUCUGAUCCCUCAUCUUUUCUAAAAAGAAAAACUGCUUCCAUAUUUCUCCUACCCAAACAUGCAUCUCUCAACCCCCAUCAUGGCCGUCUCCCUCUCCGCCAGCACCGCCUUGGCCGCGCAAGCCAAAGUGCACAACAAAUGCGACUUUGCCGUGUGGGUGACGUCGGUGCAAGGCCAAGCAGGCCCGCCCCAAAACAUAACCUCGGGCUCUACCUUUUCCGAAGCCCAAAGGAGCCCCGACCGCGGCACCGGCGUCUCCAUCCAGGUAACGACUACCGAGCCCGGCCCCAAUAACCCGCAGCCCAUAUUGAUCCUGGGGUAUUCGUGGAGCAACGUGACGGGGCUCUACUAUAGCUUGAGUACCGUCAAUGGCUUCGCGUUCAAGGGGAAGAAGCUGCGCGUUCACAAUACGGACGGGAAGCCUGUGGAGCAGAUUCUUUGGUAUGGGGAGCCCAAGCCGGAUUAUACGGCUGCGUAUUUGAAGGGGGAGGCAGAUAUUACGCUUGAGCUGUGCGAUGACUUUGCGUAGAAAGGGGAUUUGAUAGUGUGGCAAGGAAAGCUGAUGGUACACGGUGUGGACAGGGUGAUCGUGUGU